AUGGACCCUUCGCAAGCAGCUUCGAGCAAUGUAACAGUUGAAUACACGGAUCCUUCGGGCCUGUUUCCGCUUAUCCAACCUGUGAUCGAGGCAAAGCUUCCCCUCAAAAAUCUCCACUGGAAAUCACCAACCCGCCCCGUGCGGUCAAUCGAAUCGCUCCGCAUUGGCUUCACCCCCGCGCAAGAAUCGGAUGAACGAAAGGUCUCGGCCGAUGCAGCCUCCGGCGCAGUCACUCACCGUCGGCAUCAGAUCCCGGGUCUACGCCAGACCCCAUACCUGAAAGUUUACCUCCUUCGAUGCGACGACAACGAGACCUACAAAGCGACAGCACGCAAGAACCUCCGUGAUUGGAUCAAGGCGAACUCGUGUUCACAGACCUCGCAGACCUCGCAGCCUGCGACUACUAGUCAGGAAAAACACGAUGCGUUUGAGUGGCUCAUCCUGCACGUGGUGCCGGACAGUGACGGCGCGGAGAGGUCCCCUGCACCUACUACGAAAUGGGGUCGCGGAUCAACAACGGUGUUGGAGAAAGUGAAGGCUGACUUCAACGGGUCCUCAAAGACCGCUGUGGACCAUGUAGCCCAGUUGCGACUUCCCAAGUCCGGGGCCAAGUCCCCUGAGCUGACUGAGCAAUUGGAAGACUUGAUCGAUAAGAUGAAGAACGGAAUUCUGGCAUCUUUUGAUCUACGGGUCGCGCAAUACGAAGAGGACAUCAAGGAAAAGGACUCUCAGCGCAGUCUGCCGGGGUGGAAUUUUUGUACGUUCUUCAUCCUUAAAGAAGGUCUUGCAAGAGGCUUUGAGAACGUGGGGCUCUUUGAAGACGCGCUAGCUGGAUACGACGAGCUAGCUGUCGGUCUGGAUGCAGCCAUUCGAGAUCAACUUGAUGGAAGUGGCGACCAACAUGGAGGCGCGCUGCUGAUCACCAGCAAGACCUGGGCUGAGAUGGCCAAGAAGGCGCUGGAUACCAAAGCUUCCGCUGAUAGCAGCGAUGCUGCUUUGUUCUCGGAGCUCCAGCCCGAAGAUUUCCCAUUCAACUCAAACAAGAUGUCAUACCGUGAGAUGAUUCUGGCCAGUGACAUCUCCAUCUUUGAUUUCCGCACCUACAUCUUCUCUCGUCAAUUGAUGUUAUUGCUUCGGGCCGCAAGGGCGCCAUCAGUAGUUGGCAGUGAGCCCACAACAGACCCGAAGGGUGUGAAAUCAAGCAAGAAAUCUGAGGAUCUCAUGCUACUUUCCGAGAUUUGCGGACGAGCAACUGAGACCAUCAGCCUGGCCGCCCGUACCCUUCGCUAUGAUCUCCAGUGCAGUCUCACGGAUGUAACCAACGAUGAGAAGACAGACGCUAUCAACAACAUCGUCUCGACGUGGGCGUUUGCGGCUGCAUUCCAGAUUUUAAGUCAGACUUUCACUCCCACACUCAUGCUCCCCGAAUCUUCGCUUCAUGCGGUAGCACAAUCAAGCGAAGCAUCGGCUGCUGCUAAAGCAGAUACAAAACCCGCUGAUGUACCCCGGCGCACCAGCUCGCUAAUCUCUAAUCCUCGUUCUGGUCGGCCAGUGACCCAGGAUAUUUCCGAUAGUGUGGGCUUGCUUCAGCGACGUUCAACGAUAGACCAUCCUAAGCCUAUGCCACCUGCUACACAGAAGACUGGCUCUGAGCAAUUGGCGUCUGGGAGGGCAGAGCUCCUCCUUCUGGCUCGACGGUCCUUGGAAGAAAUCGCCCAAAGGCGUGGCUGGGCUGAAAAGUGGAAUGAUCUCGGUCUGCUUUUCGAUGACCGACACCGCACCGGGGCAAGUGGUAUGGCGGAUAUCUCGUUGGGUGCGGAUGAUACCAAAGACUCACAGCUCGAUCUCAAGAACAAGCAAUCUUCCCUGGUGGGGAUUGACCUAGCUGGUCUUAAGGUUGCACUGGAGUCGAAAGAGGCGUUCCUUUUCCUCUAUGAGGACCUCACAGAUCGUUUGAUUCGCCAUCAUAUGGCAGCCAACCGCGUCAACUCUGCCGAGCAGGCUCUUGCUGAAAUUGCCAUUCUACGAUACCGGCAGAAAGAUUAUGAGACUGCUGUUUCUUAUUUCCAUCGAAUGGCACCAUUCUACGGGACUCGGAACUGGGUCAUUCUUGAAGGGUGCAUGUUAGAAUUACAUGCGCGUUGCCUGAAAGAACUCCAACGCAACGAAGAUUAUGUUCGGAUGAUGAUACGUUUGCUUUCGAAGUUUGCUACAUACGCGCAGGCGCAAUUGUCAAUCAGACAGAAAGCCGUGGCUGGCUCCAUUCCUUCUACAGAGCAAGAGAUUUUGGAUUUACAUGUCAAUGAUUUGUUCAACGCGUCUGGGGCACUCCAGAAAGACAUCCCAGCUUUCUUGGCAGACUUCUUCGCUGAUCUUCAUGUCAAUCCUGCCAUACGAUUGUAUGACAACCAGGACGGCUUCCAGGUGGAGCUGUCCUUGCGCUUCCUUCUCGGGCAGCAAAUCGAGAUUGACAACCUCAAAAUUCGCUUGGUUGGUGCAAACAGUGCUCAAAACUCCGAGCAUUGGAUCGAGAACGGAGAGAAAUUUGUGGUCAAAUCAUCAUCGACCAAGGUUUUGAUUGACUCCUCGACCACACUCCAAGGCAAAUAUUUCGUCGAUCGCAUUGAAAUGAGAGCAGGCAAUCUUGUCUUCAACUUCAAUAGCGGGCAAGACUCGUCACUCCCAGUCGGUUUCAGGGAGACCGAAGACUCAGAAGAAGUGGAUGCACGACCCUACAUCUACUGCUAUCCCCCCGCAGAUGGCCUCCAGGCGAAGAUUGCGUCGCCUCAUCUGAUUGAUUUACAAGCCAUGCGCACGCUGGAGCUUGAAAUCGACAGCGGGCGCAACAAUAUCAAGAGCGGGACGGUCCGCGUCAGGCCAGCAACCGCGGGUCUACGCCUUCGCCUUGCGGAAACCAAGGUUGUGGAUGGAAACCUCGAGAUUGAUGCCAAUCAUGAAUCUGGUGUCAUUGAGUUCUCUCAACUGGCGGCUCGAUCCUUUGUGCGCUUACGGAUACCCUACACGGUAGAAGAAGCAUUUGCGACCCUGUCGGCCCGGGCAGAAAUCGGGUAUGAGACUGAGAACGGCACAUUUGCAUCAUCGGCGCCCUUCAGUGUUGUGGCUUCUUUGCCGAUAUCGGUAAAUGUGCAGGACAUUUUCAAGGGUGAAAUGCUCUUCUCGCGGUUCACGAUAAGCCCUGCUAUGUUGAUCCCACUCCGGAUCACAAACUGCAGCCUUCCCGGCUCUAGUACUUAUGAGGUACAAUCCAGUAUGACUGGCCCUGUUGCGCUGGAUGUCUUCCCUAAGCAACCUGCCUCUUUGCUUUACAAAAUUCGACCCGUGGAUAGUAGCAACACAGCCGAGCCAACACCGCGCAGUCUACAGCUGAGUGUGGAUUUCACCUGUGUGGAUGAUGAAUGUCUUGACGCGAUCGCGAGGCAGUUCGGUGCUUCCAUUGACACGAGUCCCUUCCGCCAAUAUGCAGCCUUACUCACAUCGCACAUUGUCAGCAGCUUCCGUGCACAGCUGUCCACGAAUGACAUGGAGGCCAUCGGGUUAAUCCGGGAAGUCAAUAUGCUCCCUUAUCAAAGCGUGCGCUGGGACGAUCUCCUAGGUGCUUUGAAAGAACCGUCCGAGGAUGUGCGACAGUGGCUCCAGGAGUGGCACAAGAACAACCCCGUCGUCCAACUUCCCACCCAACCCAGGAUCCCGUCCCGCCGCAUCAUCAUCCCUGUCGACGUGCCCGAAAUCCAGGUCGUGCAUACCGCCGAGCUGCAGCUUCAACCCAACACGGAGUCGACCCACGCCGCCGUGGGCCAAAUCAUAACCGCCGAGCUGUGCCUCCGCCACACGCGCCGCUGGUGCUCACCUGAAACCCGUGAAAAUGGCGACCAGCCUCUUGAAUGCUUGUAUGAGAUCCACGCCAACCCCGACCUAUGGCAAAUCGGAGGUAGGCGACGAGGCAACUUCCUGGCGCGGGAUGGUGAAGUGACCCGCUUCACCGUUAUUUUGCUCCCCCAGAAGCCAGGCCAUCUGCUUCUCCCAGGCCUGGAGAUCCGCACGUUCUUCCCGUCGCCGUCUCAGCUCCCGGCCGAUCCCACCACUGCCCCGCCCCGUCGAUCCAUCCCCUGUGAAGUCGACUACCGGAAUCACAGCGAAACAGUCCUUGUUCUGCCGGAUUUACGAAAGACCACUGUUACGCUCAGCGCUGCUGGGGGCCACGCUGGCGGGGGGUCGUGGUUGAUUGAUUCAGAGCGGAGAGUGGAGGAAGUUAAUUGA